CCGCCGCCCGGGCUGUUCCUGUAAGGCGGGGAGACAAUGAGUAAACUCUCCUUCCGAGCGCGGGCGCUGGACGCCGCCAAACCGCUGCCCAUCUACCGCGGCAAGGACAUGCCUGAUCUCAACGACUGCGUCUCCAUCAACCGGGCCGUGCCCCAGAUGCCCACCGGGAUGGAGAAGGAGGAGGAAUCGGAACAUCAUUUACAACGAGCCAUUUCAGCACAGCAAGUGUUUAGAGAAAAAAAAGAGAGCAUGGUCAUUCCUGUUCCUGAGGCAGAGAGCAACGUCAACUAUUACAAUCGCUUGUACAAAGGAGAAUUUAAACAGCCCAAACAGUUCAUUCAUAUUCAGCCUUUUAAUCUAGACAAUGAACAACCAGAUUAUGAUAUGGAUUCAGAAGAUGAAACCUUAUUAAAUAGACUUAACAGAAAGAUGGAAAUUAAGCCUUUGCAAUUUGAAAUUAUGAUUGACCGACUUGAAAAAGCCAGUUCUAAUCAGCUCGUAACACUUCAAGAAGCAAAACUACUGCUGAAUGAAGAUGAUUACCUUAUUAAAGCUGUAUAUGACUACUGGGUGAGAAAACGUAAAAACUGCAGGGGGCCAUCCCUUAUUCCUCAGAUAAAACAAGAGAAAAGAGAUGGCUCUACAAACAAUGAUCCUUAUGUCGCCUUUCGGAGGAGAACAGAGAAAAUGCAAACUAGAAAGAAUCGUAAGAAUGACGAAGCCUCUUAUGAAAAGAUGUUGAAACUGAGACGAGAGUUUAGUAGAGCCAUAACUAUUUUGGAAAUGAUUAAGAGAAGAGAGAAAACAAAACGAGAAUUACUGCACUUAACCUUAGAAGUUGUGGAAAAAAGAUACCAUUUGGGAGACUACGGAGGUGAAAUCCUUAAUGAGGUGAAAAUCAGUAGAUCAGAAAAGGAAUUAUAUACCACUCCAGCAACUCUUCACAAUGGAAAUCAUCACAAAGUUCAAGAAUGUAAAACGAAGCACACUCAUCAUUUGUCUUUGAAAGAAGAGGCUUCUGAUGUGGUUCGUCAAAAGAAGAAGUACCCAAAGAAGCCUAAAGCAGAGGCUUUGGUAACAUCUCAGCAGCCCACUCCUGAGACAUUGCCUGUGAUCAAUAAGAGUGACAUUAAGCAAUAUGACUUUCACAGCUCAGAUGAAGAUGAAUUUCCACAGGUUCCAUCCCCAGUAUCAGAACCUGAAGAAGAAAAUGAUCCUGAUGGUCCCUGUGCUUUCAGAAGGCGGGCAGGGUGCCAGUAUUAUGCUCCUCAUUUGGACCAAGCUAACCACACAUGUGAAAAUUCAGAUUUGGCAGAUUUGGAUAAAUUGAGGUAUAGGCAUUGCCUUACAACACUUACAGUCCCAAGAAGAUGUAUAGGAUUUGCAAGGAGGCGAAUUGGCAGAGGUGGAAGGGUUAUCAUGGACAGAAUAUCCACAGAACAUGACUCAGUUCUAAAACAGAUAGAUCCUGAAAUGCUGAAAAGCCCUUCCCAAACAAUAGACUUUUCUUCUAAUAUCUCUCGGACCAAUGCUUCCAAUAAAUCUUGUGAUAAUAGACUGUCCCUUUCUGAAAUAUUAAGCAAUAUCAGAUCAUGUCGACUACAGUGUUUCCAGCCAAGGCUACUAAAUCUACAAGACAGUGAUAGUGAAGAAUGUACCUCAAGAAAACCAGGACAGACUGUGAACAGUAAAAGAGUCUCUGCAGCAUCUGUAGCUUUCUUGAACACCAGCAAGAAUGGCAUAUCAGUAACAGGGGGCAUCACAGAAGAACAAUUCCAGACACAUCAACAGCAGUUAGUUCAAAUGCAAAGGCAGCAACUUGCUCAGCUUCAGCAAAAACAGCAAUCUCAGCAUUCCUCGCAACAGACACAUCCAAAAGCACAGGGCUCAAGCACCUCUGACUGCAUGUCUAAAACACUUGACUCAGCCAGCGCCCACUUUGCUGCAUCCGCAGUGGUCAGUGCACCUGUUCCAAGUCGCAGUGAGAUAGCCAAGGAACAGAAUACUGGCCACAACAACCUAAAUGGUGUUGUCCAACCUUCAGGAACCUCUAAAACAUUAUACUCCACCAAUAUGGCUUUAUCAUCCAGCCCAGGGAUUUCAGCUGUGCAACUUGUAAGGACAGUUGGCCACACUACUACAAACCACUUAAUCCCAGCGCUGUGCACAAGCAGUCCUCAAACACUUCCCAUGAACAAUUCCUGCCUGACAAAUGCAGUGCACCUCAAUAACGUCAGUGUUGUUUCUCCAGUCAAUGUGCAUAUCAAUACACGGACUUCAGCACCAUCGCCAACAGCCUUAAAACUUGCCACAGUUGCUGCCAGUAUGGACAGAGUGCCAAAGGUUACUCCUAGUAGUGCCAUCGGCAGCAUAGCAAGAGAGAACCAUGAACCAGAAAGAUUGGGUUUAAAUGGAAUAGCAGAGACAACAGUAGCUAUGGAAGUGACAUAACCUAAAGCAUGUGGCUUUGACCUGUGUGGAUGGUGUGCAGUCAUUCAUAUUCCAGCUGAACGCAAAAGGCGAUGCUCUGUGGAUCACAGAGUGUAACAGUGGACCUAAAUGGACUACAGUAUAUUGGAUGUUAGAUCCAUGUAUGAUGUAUAUUUUGUAAAAUUGGGAAAAUCACUACCUUGUAAAAUAGUUUAUUUGUAUCAUCAAUAUUAUUUCUGUUACUUGAAUAGUAGAUAUUCAUCAUCAUGCUUUUGCACUUGAAUUUGCAACUGAAUGGAUUUUAAAAAAUAAUUCUUUAAUGGGAUCAUGAGCAUGAAAUGGGAUCCUGCAUCACUUGUUUUAACUAUUUAUUUUGCCAUGUUUACAUUUUGUAUCUUGUAAAAAUAAAUCCAACUUUGUGUCUAAAAAGUUAAAGAUUCAUAGCUAGGAAAUGAAAUUCUUGUAAUUUUUUUCUAAAGGAACUGUAAAGUUUUCACUUGGUUCAUUUUGUUUCACAAUUUGACUAGAUGGACUUUUUGGUAAAUACUUUAGUGGCAUUUCACUGUCAAAUAUGAAGUUCAAGGCAAAAUAGUAUUUUCUAUUACUGUGCAGGGGAAAGGGAUGGAUCGAUACAUGCAAAUUUAAUGUAGUAACUCACUUUUCCAUAUAUUUUGAAUGUAUAUUUCUAUUUAUAUUACCAGUUUAUAAAAAAAAUUACACAUAAAAAAUGGACUGGGAAAAAUUAUGUGUCUAGCACAUUUAACCUGUGCAGAUAUGAAAAUUUUUCAAAGAUUACAUUUUAUCCGAAGACUGCAUUUUAACUGGCUUUAAAACUGUAACACACCACAUAAAUGAUAUUUACCAGGUAUGUAUUGCAUUAUAUCAUUGCAAUAAUUAUUGGAAGUCUAGAUAUCGAGCCAUCCCAGGUGUUGGGAGGGGGGAGGGUUGUGGCAAGAUUGUCUUUUCAAUUUUGGAGAGUUUUCCUGUGGCUACAAGGCAAGUAACGGGUUGGAAAAAGUCUGACUGUAAGCGUUGGACACCUUCAUAGUGUAGUGUUUUAGUGACUUUUUUUAUACGGUUCUUGUAAAUUAGAUACGUGUAGUGGUGUUUCAAAAUGUUUGUUUAUGCACUAGUUCAGACAACUUUCCCUGUUACUUGUUCUUGAUAAGUGAAAACUGCAGGGAAAUAAAAAAUACAUAUCAAAACAUGGACAUGCUGCAUAUGUGUUUAUUUCACAAUGUGCACACAGUGUAUGUGAAAAUUUAAGGGAGAUGAUAGCACUUAACAGCACUUUUCAUUUUUCACAGUGCUUUCCAAGCAUUAAUGAAAAGAAUUUAAGAAGCUCUUCUGUGGGCACUAUUGGGUUUCAGAUAAUCCAAUAUAAACUACCUUUGAUAUGAAAAGUUCUUAAAAUAUUUUACAGAAUGUAAUUUGCAGUACAGUGGUCAUUGAAAUCUCAUAAAUGAGCCUCGUUUUAUAAAUAAAAAGUUUAGAGUAGAAUUAUAUUGCAAGGGGGUUUUGUCAAGUAAGUACUGGGAAAUGUAAAUAUUUUUAAUGAAUAUGAUUAAAACCAUUUCAAACUUAACAUAAUUUUAUACUUUACAUUUUUAUAUCUGCAGUCCUGAAAGCUGUAAAUUGAUGUGUCAGUUCAAUCAAUGGGCCAAGAUUUCUGCUGAGUGUGGUUUUUAUUCAGAUCCUAAAUGUGUAAAGCAAUUUAUGGUCAAAACCAUAGAAAAAAAUAAAUUUAAUUUCCUCAUUGGUUGUGACCUGAUAGGAUCCAUGCUCAUUUCUGCCAUACUACCUCUGGAGUUAUUCAUUGUUGAUUAUAUAAAGGAAAUCAUUUUUAUUUGAUAUGUAUUAUGACUGUGUUCAUUCUGCUUAUAGUUGGAUGUUAUCUUCUUGUUAUAAAGGACGUAAAACAACUUUAGUGCCAAUUUCAGAGAAAGCUUUCCCCUCAUUUUACUGAAGUAAAGCAUGAAGCAAUUUGCCUUAUGUGAUAAAUUUGUUAUAAAUAAGUAAAACAAAAAAAAACUGUCUUUUUGUACAGUUUCUGAAGGUUGUGGCAAAUCCAAAC